AUGGCUGAAUGUGAGCAGUCGACAAGUGUUGAUGUGAAUGAAGGAUUUAGAAAGGCGAAGAAGAGAUCGAACAGAAAUGAUGAAAUCGAAGAUGCACUAACGAAAAAGCUUUUCGGUGUUUCUUCAGACGCGCACAACGACGACGAAACGAGCAGUGAUGAGUCUUGUUCUAAUGAGCCACAUAUCGAAGAGCAAAUGCCGAGUGAUACGACGAAGAAGCAAGUUUGGUGUGACGACGAUGAUCAACUUGCUGUUAAUUUACCGCAACAUAGGAGAGACGUACAUCUGUUGAGGUCAACUGACGUGGGCCAUACUACUGUGAAUGCAGAGGAAUAUGAGAAGCGUUUACGAGAAGCAUUUAUACGUACACAUGGAACAGGCCAGUCGGCCCCGAAAUGGGCUGUCAGCGACAAGAAAGGAGUACGUAAGGUUGAGUCGCGGAACAAAGUCGAGAGUGAGGAUGAGUCAGAAGCAGACGAAGUUGAUGAAGCGUUACAGCAAAUGACUGCGUCGACUGGUGCGUACAUAAGGAAAAGUGAACUCUUACCAAGAGGUCUACUAAGUGUCUCGAAGACAAUCGAUAUCACUCGUGGUCAUCGUUCACCGAGGAUUCCUAUGAGGGUUGUUCAGUUUCAUCCUCUGCAACACGUACUCAUGACUGGCAGUGAGUAUGGCACCGUAUCGUUAUUUGAGAUCGGUUUACCGGAAUCAGAAGAACAUUUUCUGCAAGACGUUCGUUUUGAAGGAUUUCCUCUCAGUUGCGCUGCUUUUUCGCAUGACGGUAUGAGUAUUAUUGCUGCAAUGGCAACGGUCAAUUGUGGCUCAUUCGCUUUGUCGGCAGAUGGUAGAUAUAUGGCAGUGAUGAACCGCAACGAAAUUCAUGUUCUUUCAUUGCAAGUAGGUUAUAUGUUGAGUGAACUCUAUCAGCAAUGGUAUAAUUCAAGUUUGGAGUCUAUGUUUCACAUUUCCUUCCAUCACCUGACUCAUUCAUCUCAUUUACAGUCCAUGGAAUAUAUUCACAACCUGACCACUCCGACGUUCGUCACCUCUGCUCAGUUCUCACCGAAUUCAUCCAAUUUUCUCUACGCAAUGACUGGUACACUGUUCUUUGUUGAAUUGCAAUUGUUAGUGCUUCUGAUGAUUUGUUUAUUCAUUUUAGAGGGAGGUCAAGUUUUCAUUUGGGAUUUGAGAAAAAGUGAACAGCAAAAGAUGUUCAUUGAUGAGGGUACAGUACGUGGCACGGUGGUUCGUGUUAAUCAAAACGAACAAUUCAUCGCGUGCGGGUCAAAUACUGGAAUUGUGAAUUUGUAUGAAAUGAGCGACGUUGUGAAAAACAGUAAUCCGAAACCGAUAAAGUGUUUCGAUCAACUGACCACAAGUGCCAAUUCUGUUUGUUUCAGCAAAGAUUCUCAAAUACUUGCAAUGUCAUCCUCGGUGAAGAGUAAUGCGCUCCGUGUUGCACAUCUACGAAGCACGAGUGUUUUCUCAAAUUUCCCUCCACGGAACGUUCGCUUAGGUCAACCAACCACCUGUGAUUUCUCACCAAAUAAUGGUUAUUUUGCGAUUGGUGAUAUGAACGGUUAUCUGUCUCUGUUCAGACUGAAUCAUUUCGAGAAAUACUAA